AUGGCAACAGAGAAUAACAAAACACAAUGUUCUGUGUGCAACAAAGAAAACAAUACAUACAAUUGUAAAAAAUGUUCAAAUGAGUUCUGUCUUCCACAUUUUACAGAGCACCGACAAAGGAUUGAGGCACAAUUAGAGGCAAUUAUUAACGAUCACGAUCAAUUUCAACAAACAAUUAUCCAACAAAAACGAAAUCCACAUAAUUCUUCUUUAAUCGAACAAAUUAAUCAAUGGGAAAUAAAUUCAAUUGAGAAAAUUCAACAAACAGCACAACAAUGCCGAGAAACACUGAUGAAAUUAACACAAAAAUUGAUCAAUAAUGUUGAAAGACAGUUCAUUGAAUUAUCUAAGAAAUUAAAAGAAAUUCGUCAAAAAAAUGAAUUUAAUGAAAUCGAUUUAAAUAAUUUUCAAUUAAAAUUAACACAAAUCACUGAGGAAUUUCUUCAACCAUCAAAUAUUUCUAUUCGACAAGAUUCACAAGAAUUUAUCAAGAAAAUUUCAGUUAUUUCAUCAUUCGAGUCUUAUCACCCAGUUCAGUUUACAAUUAGUACAGCGACUAUACCAAAGAAUCCAAUAACAACAAGCCAAAUAUUAACUCAAUCUCAAGUAAAACAAAAACUAAUUCAAACAAAAAAGAGUAAAUUUAAACAAUCUGCAAUUACUGUUGCUGGAGGAAAUGCACAAGGACAGAAAUUAAAUCAACUGCGUUAUCCUUGGGGGAUCUUUGUUGAUAAUGAUAAAUCAAUUUGUAUUGCUGAUUGUUAUAAUCAUCGUAUUGUUAAAUGGAAAUUGAAUUCAAAUAAAGGUCGAGUCAUUGUAGAUGGAAAUCAAAAUAAUCAAUUGAAUCUUCCAACAAAUAUAGUUUCUGAUAAAAAAAAUAAUUCUUUUAUUAUUUCUGAUCAAGGGAACAGACGAGUAAUUCGAUAUUUUGAUCAAAAUCAAGAAAUUCUUAUUUCAAAUAUUGAUUGUUAUGGUUUGACAAUCGAUAAAAAUGGAUUUAUUUAUGUUUCUGAUUAUGAGUAUCAUGAAGUAAGACGAUGGAAACAAGGAGAUAAAAUAGGUGAAUUAAUUGCAGGUGGAAAUAGUCAAGGAAAUCAACUUAAUCAACUGAAUUCUCCUACUUUUAUCUUUAUUGCUGAAGAUUAUUCUCUUUAUAUAUUAGAUCAUAACAAUCAUCGUGUAAUGAAAUGGAAAAAAGAUGCAAAAGAAGGAAUUAUUGUUGCUGGUGGAAAUGGUCAAGGAAAUAGUCUCAAACAAUUAUCUUAUCCUCAAGGAGUGAUUGUUGAUCAUUUGGAUCAAAUCUAUGUGACAGAUUAUAGAAAUGAUCGCGUUAUGCGUUGGUGUGAAGGAGAUGAAGCAGGUGAAAUUGUUGUUGGUGGAAAUGGUCAAGGAAAUCAAUCAAAUCAAUUAAAUGGUCCCGCAGGUUUAUCAUUUGAUGAUGAAGGAAAUCUUUAUGUUGUCGAUCACAAUAAUCACCGAAUCCAAAAAUAUGAAAAAGUUUUAAUUUAA